CUUAUUUUUAUUAGAAAUAUCACGUGUGGUAAAGUGAUGUAAACGCAACACUGACAUAAUUUGCUGAAAUUUAUACUGGAUUUAUCUAACAAGUGUGUUAUGGAAAUAUGAAAUUUAAUAACAAUUCAAAAAGACAACCAUACCGUAAUAUACCAUAUUCACAUACGAAUUGAACAACUUAUCUGACCACAUUUGUAAAUUCUAUCACAUUAUAAUGAAUAUUACUGAACAUACUGAAGAUGUAUUAAAUCCUUUUAUUUUAAAUUUAUUUAUAAUCAAUAAAAGUUCAACAUGUACUCAAAUGGAAUCAUUACCGGUUUCCGGUUUGUUCAGUUUUUAUCGUGCUAUAGGUUUAUUAUUAGGUCCAUUAAAUACUAUAUUAAAUGGUUUAUGCGUUCAUAUAUUUAAUCAUCAUUUAUGGAAAAAAUCAAUAAUGAGUAGAAUAUUAAAAGGAUUAUCUAUUAUUGAACUUGGUAUGGGAUUAAGUUUAUUUAUUCAUGCAUUAAUAUUUUCACAAAAUUCCACAUCAUCUCAUUCUAAUCAAAAUUUAUUCAAUAUAAAUAAUACAAUUAAUAGUAUAUAUCCUAAUUAUAAUAUACAUAUAAAUCAUUUAAAUCAAUUUCAACAAGAUUCUAUUCAUACAAAUGCUUAUAUUAAAACAAUAUGCUCAUUUUUUAUUACAACUAUAUCUAGUAGAUUUUUAGUAGCAUUUCAAAUAUCACGUAAUUGGUCUGUUGUAUUAUUGGCAGCAUAUCGUUAUGAUCAAAUAUGUCGACCUAUUGGUACAUCUAGUGCAUUUCCACGUGAACGUAUACGUUAUAUAUUAAUUAUUAUAUUUUUUUUAGCUUGUUUAAUUGUUAUACCAAGAAUAUUUGAAAGUGGUAUAGUUGUAUGUUAUAUAUCAGGAAAUGUAUCUAAAGAUUAUCCUUUAUUAAUUAAUUAUAAAUUAUAUCAAAUUUUAUAUUUAGGUUUAGUUAUGUUUAUUGUACAAUCUGGUGGUCCAGUUAUAUGUGUAUGUGUAUUAAGUGCAUUUGUAAUAAGAAUUAUAGCAAAACGUCGAAAAUUUCAUCGAGAAAAAGAGCAACGUUCAGCUAGAAAUUUAUUAAGACGUCAAACAAUGGAAAUAGAAAAUAAUCAAUCAAAUUUAAAAAACAAUAUCAUUAUUGAUAAUAAUAAUACUAAUCUUUUACAACGUAAUUCAAAUGGUUUGACAAAAGAAUUAACUGAAAGACCAGCUCCAUCAGGUGAUAAAUUAAUGUUUGCUGUUUGUAUAACAUUUUUUAUUUUAGAAACUCCAGCAUUUUUCAGUAAAAUAUUAAAUCCUUAUUUGGAACAAGAUUAUCCAUUAAUUGAUUUAACAUUAUCAGUUAUUGCAAAUUUAUUAAUUUAUUUAGAUUCUACAUUGAAUGCAUUCAUUUAUAUGGCAUCUAAUCCUUUAUUUCGUAAAAUUGCUCGAAAUGAAUGUAUACAAUAUCGUAAUCGUUUAAUUUGUUGUCAAACAUCAAAAUCUACUCAUCAGUUAACUAGAAUAAAUCGUAUUUUAGACACUGAACAAAAUGCUAUCUCAAUAAACUCAUAAAAAUACAUCAUACAACAAUAUAUUAAUAUGAUGAUUUGAGUCAUAAUGGUAAUUGUAUAUGGAUACAUAUUGUACAAAUUUUGUUCUUGUAAUUCUUUAUGUCUUUUGUAUUUUCAAUUAUUUAUGACUUCAGAGGUUUCUAUUACUAUGUGAAAAAUGCUUUAUGUUAUAAAGAUGAAUAUUAUUAUUAUUAUUUCUUUCAUUUAAACAUGAAAGUAAAUCUAUUAUCUAUAUGGGUUAUUAUUUCAACUUUUAUGUAUAUCAUAAAGAAGAAUUGUCAUUUAAGCUAUAUUUUUAACGGUUUAAAUUGUGAUCUACUAAUUGAAUCCUAAAACGAAUGAGUUUUAUAACUAACAAAUAACUUAGUAUAUCUUUCUAUUGAGUUAACAUUAGAAACACUAAAGAAUGUCUUUUAUUUCCA